CAAUGACAUAAUUAAUUUCUGCUGCUGUAGUGGCGUAGUGCUGUUGUUAUUUGAUGUACGACGAAGAACAAUAAUAGUAAUAAUUAAUAAAUAACAUUAAAUAUCUAAAUCCGACUGCAAUAAUAAUUCUGCCGACUUACAAUUUACAUAAAUUUCCUAUUCGUGCUGUCUUAUUUUUGGUUUCGUCUGUCGUUGGCUUUUGGUGCGGUAGACCGUUCUCGCCGAAAACACGGCGAUCGACACGAUCUACAAAUAAUAAUUUAUAUCACGCUAGAUCUCUGGCGGAUACCAUCACAAAUGUCAUGGCUGUAUUCGACGACAUACAGCAGUACGAUGAAGAGAUUGCAUGCACGUCUAUGGACGAAGCGUACCUAAUGCAUGUUCAAGACCCGAUACUAAUCAGAGGAAUUGGGAAUCUCACUGUUUUUGGACUGAGUAGCAGAUUCCAAUCAGAAUUUCCAAGUGCACUUGUAUCACGUGUGGCCCCUGAAGAAUUUGAAGAGACAAUGGCACGAAUCAAUUCUGUUUUAAAGAAAAGUUUACCAAUGAAUGCUAAAUGGUUGUUUUGUGGAUGUAUGUGUUGCUGCUGUACUCUUGGUUGUUCACUUUGGCCUGUUAUUUGCCUCAGCAAACGGACUCAGCAUAGUUUGAACAAAUUACUUGAUUGGGAAAAUAAUCAUCUUUAUAAUAAAAUUGGUUUGCAUUGGAGAUUAAACAAACAAAGAGUAGAUACUUCUUCUAUUACGGAAUAUGUACUUUUGGUGGAGUUUAUUCCGAAAAUCCCAAUUUAUAAACCAGAUUAGGUAAAAUGUAAUGCAAAUGUUUACAUUUUGUUUAUUUUUAUCUGUUUAAAGAUAGAAUAUUGGUUAGUUAUUAAUUUGCAUGGCACAAACCAAUUAAACCAAUUAUCUUUUUACCAGGUAGUUUAUAGAAUUUUGAAUGUAUUCUUAUCAAUUUUAAUUUUUGGAGUUAUUUAUCAGUCAUCCAAACUUGCUCAAUAUCGUAAAAUAAAAUGGAUUUAUGACUAUGUGAAACUAAAUUAGUUGUAUGUAUAUUACAUUAAUUUUUAAAUGUAUGAUUACAUAAUACUUUCAACAAUCGUUGAUUAAAAUAAAGAUAUGUCUAUGUCUUAUACCCUCAAUACUUAAUUUAAAAAUUAUGAUUUAAUGUGAUAUCAAUUUGUGUGAUACCUGGACGGGUACUUAAUAUUAAAAGUUAUAUGUUUAUCUCGUCCUUAGAAGAAUCUGACCUGUUUAUUUUUUUUAAAAGUUAUUUGAUAACUUUUAGACUUUUAAUAUAUAAUUUUAAGUCAAUUACUUGAACAAAAAAAUAAUAUCAUGUUGUACACUUAAACUUAGUACUUAAAAUAAAUUAUAUAUGUUUAAGUAAAUUUCAUGACAGCAUCACAUAAAUUUGUAUUUUUAUUUGGUAUAAACGUUAGUUUAUAAUUGAAAAUAAACUUUUUAUUGUUUGGUUUUAAUUGUAUAAGAUAUAUUAAGAUUUACCUAUAUAUUUUUUUUUAUAUUAUCAGUUGUAUUAAUUAAGUAUCCAAUGUACAUGCUUCCAAAGGAUCAAGUAUGUUAGUUCCAAGUGAUUAAUUUGUGCAUAAAUAAAUAUUUUAAUGUUAAUAUAUGUAUAAUCAAAUUGUUUUUAA